UCAUCAUCAGCUAGCAGUUAAAAAUGGUAGAUGAACAAGAUCGAUUGUUGCCAGUUGCGAAUGUGGGUAGGAUCAUGAAGCAAAUCUUGCCACCAACAGCCAAGAUUUCAAAAGAAGCAAAACAAACAAUGCAAGAAUGUGCGACAGAAUUUAUAAGUUUUGUAACUGGUGAGGCAUCUGACAAGUGUCACAAGGAGAAUCGCAAGACAAUUAAUGGAGAUGACAUCUGUUGGUCUCUGAGUUCUCUAGGGUUUGAUAACUACGCUGAGGCUAUAGUAAGGUAUUUACAUAAAUAUAGAGAAGCUGAAAGAGAGAGAGCUAAUCAAAACAAAGCUACUUCAACUGCCAAUACUCAAGACAAAGUUGAAGAAGACUUAAACUUUACAAGUACCCAACACGAGAUUCAAACUGAGAUUACUCCUGCUCCAUUAAUGAAGUUCAGAGUACUUGAGAAGGGUAACAGCAGCUCUCCCAAAAAGCCAUCGUGACGAUGAGCAGUGUUACAUUGCCUUCUCUGUUGAGAUGGAGAGGCAGAAGAAACAGUGAGAUCAUAUAUGAAGACUUAAAUUUCUUGAGAAGAUGUAAUGAUGAGUUAUGAGAAGAUUGGAGUCUGCCUGAGGUAACUGUAAUCUUUCUUUCUGGAACUGGGAUUUUCCUGUCUUCUCCACUGAACUUUAACUCAACUUUUUUCGUUUCAAGUGAAGUCGACAUAGUUGUAAUAUCUUAGUUUUAGCUUGUGCUUUGGAAUUUAGAAAAGAAAAAUAUAAAUACUUCCCAAGGUACUUGAUUCUACCUUUCCUUGUGAUUUUGAGUUUUAGCUCAAAGUUGUUUUGAAGAAAAAAAAGUAAAGUACUUAUAGUUAUGCUCAUCUUCCACUUUCUUUUCAGAGAUUUCAGAAGGAAAAUUACCCAAACGUAUCAAAAUUUAGUUAAUCCUGUUCUUGGAGUGAAGAUGCUCAAAAUCUAAUCUCAUGCUGUCAAUAUUUAACAAAUAAGUCUCAUGUAGUUACUAUCAAGAAGUUUAGCAAAGAAUGUUUUCUUCUCUAUUUUCCCCUUUCUUUUUGCUUUUUCCCUCAGCAACUCUCUUUCUCUUUCCGUCUGUGUGUCUGUCCCUUUCUCUCAAAUCUGGUCUGGGUGCGUGGCUGACUAUUAUUGUGGUUCAUAUCAUUAGAGAUUUUCUGCUAAUGUCCUGAUUAUUAUUCUCCACAUAAUUAUUAUUGGUAAAUCCUUGUGUUUGGAUAUGCCAAUCAAGCAUAUAAAAAUCAAUCAAAUUAAAUGAAAGCAUAUAAACGAGAAUUUCCAACAAAUUACACUAGUUCAAGAAGAAUCAAAUAUUAGUCUACAGUAG